UCCAGGUGCCUUUGGGUUCAAGAUUAAACCAUGAAACGCUGCAAACUUUUAUUUUGAAUAGCGGAUAUUACGUCGUAAGUGACGUAAAGGGAAAGGAAAAACAUUGUUUUCUUUGUAGUUUUACUUCUAAACACUCCUUUGUAGUCCCAAUUUCUCUGGAUCAGUCGAAGACAUCAGAGGUUCUCUCGGUCUCGAGCGGUUCGGUUCCGGUUCCCGUGGAGCGGCGGAAUGUCGGUGUUAAACAGCAAAGCUCUCCACGAGCAGCUGUGUCUGAUCAUGGGCGCGCUGACCAAGGCGGCGGUGGCGGAGAUCUGCGAGCUGGUGGACGAAGGCUACGCGGUGCUGCAGCUGGAGAUCAGCCGAAGCCACAAGGAGAACGAGGACCUGAAGAAGAAAAUGCAUCUGAUCGAGUCCAUCGUGGUCCGCAGCAGCAGCGGGGGGCAGACCGCGGAGGACACCGGGCUAACGGAGGCCGUCCAGCAGCCGGAAACACAAGCUCAACAGCGGGCUGAAGCCGCUGCUGCAUCCGGAGGAGACGCGAGGGUGGAGCGGGAGGAGGUUUCAGAAGUGGUGCUGAUUAAAGAUGAAGACUCGGACUGUGAUGAUGCUGUGGAGGAAGAUUCUGGACCGCCUUCUGAUGUGGGGGCAGCUGCAGUCACAGGAAGCAUCCCACCAACUCCAACCAGCCAGAGGAGGAGGAGGAGGAGGUGCAGUCGGGGGAGUAGUGAAGAUGCUGAGAAGUCAUCUUCAUCGUCGGAUUAUCAGCAGACUGCGGGGGCAAAGACGAAGGUGUCGGUCUACCACGUGGACUCCUCUCGCAGCGAGGCACUGAUGGAGAACAUCCAGAUGGAAGCUGGACCGUCCUACACGACAGAGGUGGACCCAGACAUCCAGCUGGUUCAGGACUGCUCGCUGGUCUCCCCGAGCUCCAGCAGGCAGAUGUUUUACAGCAGCGGUGCUCGGAUGGAGGCCCAGACUUCAUCAGCCAGAUCAGAACUGGAUCUGAACGCUGAAUCGGCCUGGAGCAAGCAGUCCAAAGGUUUCGCUCAGUUUCACCAGAGUGAAAACAUGGCCAGUGACACGUUUGGGCUGAAGCUGAUUAGCGUCUCUGGGUCCACGUCCACAGACUGUCAGCUCUCCAACAGCAGGAGCUCCACGUUCGAGUACGAAGAUGGUGGCGAGGUGCUUACGUUCGGGCUCUACGGGGGCUCUACGGGGACCAGUCAGGCCGGUGGCCAGCAGAGCCCUGGCUCAAUGAGGAAGCGCUUCGUGUGCUCCAUCUGCAGCAAGACGUACGCCACCGCCCAGAACCUGGAGGUCCACAUGAGAAUUCACACGGGGGAGCGGCCGUUCACCUGCGAUCAGUGCGGGAAGAAGUUCACCCAGUCGGCGCACCUGAAGUCACACCACAACGUUCACACGGGCGAGCGGCCGUUCGCCUGCCAGCUCUGCUCCAAACGGUUCAUCGUCAAAUACAGCCUCAAGUUACACAUGAAGAAGUGUGUACCGCAGAACUCCGAGGACAGCGAGUCGCUGCAGAAUGUUCUGUACUCCACGGGAACCCUCGACCAUAAUUACGAGGCUUCACAGGAGGAAGAGAUGGAAUCCACCUACCUCCAUGACUCUCCAUUGAGUAGCCCAGCUCCCAAGAAGCUUAACAGCGGACAAACUGAACCAUCCAUGUAUGAGCUACAGAUGACAAUUUUAAAAGCUGUAAACGAAAGAGCCGACGAGCUGGCACAUCUGAAGCAGCAACAGAUAAAUGAUAUAAAAUCAGAAAAUACAGCCCUAAAGAAGCAGUGUGAAAAACACCAGAUGGAGAUAAUAUCACUGAAGGAACGGGAUAACAAGGUCAUCAAACAAAGAGUGGCGGACAUCUGUCAGAAGAUUUCACCAGAAAUGGGAGCCAAAGCAGCGGAGGGAAUCGACAUCGCACACAGGCUGGGGAAACGAGCUGACUGCAAAAACCGCAGUAUCAUCAUCCUGUUCGCCUUUCGCUCCGUGAGGGAUGAGGUCUGGAGAGCUGCAAAAAACAACGCUUACCUACGUGAGAAAAGACUACAGUUUGGAGAAGACUUGACUAAAGAAGAAAAAGAGAAGAGAGCUGCGCUGUGGCCCCUCAUCGAAAGGGCGCGCAAGGAUGGGAGCAAAGCUUACUUUGUGGGAGUCAAAGGUUACAUAAAUGGACCGUGUACACUUCUGCUGAGAGGCCACGUUCAGGUAAACAGUGUCGCACGAGUGUUUGUUUUGUUUCCUUCGGUAAUCUGGACCGUUCUGCUCGCGCCGGAUCAAAGCAUCAUGUCGCCGGCGGCCUUUCACACUCCGCUAGCCUCCAUCAUGGAGGUCCUGGCCAACACGGCGGUGGCGGAGAUCUGCGAGGUUGUGGACAGCGGCUACGCGGUGCUGCAGCUGGAGAUCAGCCGCAGCCGCAAAGAGAACGAGGUACUGCGGAGGAAACUGCGGCUCAUGGAGCUGCGAGCCACCCGUACGGCUGCCCUGAGAGCCGCCACUGCUAACGGCAGCGGUGCCGCGCUGCUGCAGGCGAGCGGCCGCCCGCGCAUUCAUCUGCUCGGCGGCUACGAACCGAGGAGGACCACGGCACCGACAAACACUGGAACAGGACUGUCCCAGUCAUCCAAACAGGAGAUGUCUUGUGAGAGAGACCCUAGUCCUCGUCUGAGAGACCCCAGUCCUCGUCUGAGAGACCCCAGUCCUCGUCUGAGGGACCCUAGUCCUCGUCUGAGGGACCCCAGUCCUCGUCUGAGGGACCCCAGUCCUCGUCUGAGGGACCCUAGUCCACUGUCAGGCUCAGGACAGGAAACCACACAGCAGAUGGUAGCUGCAGGUGAGACCAGCUCUGUGAUCAAAGUGGAGGACGACAAGGACGAGUCCUGGUCUCAGAUGGAACCAGACAGGAGUUUCUGUCCGGCUGUUGGUGGACGGUCAGCGGAAAGAGAAGCUUCGUCCUCUCUUAUCAAACAGGAAGCAGCAGACAAUGAGGACGAUGGUGGUGUAUCUUGGACAAGCGGGGAAGUCAGCUCCACCUCCACCCAACAUGCUCUGAGCACCAACCAGAGACCAGAAACCAGCUCUUACGACUCCCUGAUGUUUGAGCUUCACCAAUCCUCCCACUCUUCCCAGAAUCCUUCUGAAUCCGGCUGCUCAUCGGGUCAGACUUCGAGUGAGAACGUUUCGGUCGACUCGGGUAGUAGCUUCAGUUUCAGCUGCAGUGAGGCGAGUCUGUCUGCAGCCAAGCCGCCUGCAGCUUCUCACAGCCAGCAGCAGAGGGCGCCACAGAGAGACUCUGCAGGAGUUCAGAGGGCUUUUGUCCACAGGGACGUCUGGCGGCUGCAGAACCAGGUCGUGGGGAAGACGUUCGUCUGUAACUGCUGCGGAAAAACUCUGGCCUGUCUCAAGAACCUGAAGACCCACAUGAGGGUCCACACGGGCGAGAAACCGUUCGUCUGUGCGCUCUGCGGCAAACGCUUCUCCGACUCCAGCAACCUGAAACGCCACCAGAGUGUCCACACCGGAGAGAAACGCUAUGGCUGCGUCCACUGUGGGAAACGCUUCGCUCAGUCGGGAUCGCUGAAGGUCCACAUGAGUGUCCACAAGGACUGCAAACAGUUCGGAUGUUCGUUCUGUGGAAAAACGUUUACAUCCGGAGGACAUCUGAGGAGACACAUCACGGCGCACUCCGAGGAGAAACGAUUUGCCGCCGUUUCACCGUAACGCAUCGACACAACUUUGGCUCAUUGCUGGAGUUUAAGAGGCUGAAUGAUUCAGCGGGGAAACGAUCUGAGGGAAACGGAUCCAAACCUUCAACCAAUAACAGGAGGGUCACGCGGCUGGGAAGGAAAAAGAAUAAAGUCCUGAUCAAAGUCCUAAACCCUCACCAUCAGGCAUGAACAUUUCAUGCUGAUAUCUCCAGGCAGGCUCAGGAAGCAGCGGUUCCCUCUGGAGGUCUGACUUUUAUUCUGAUGAGAAUUAAAACGCUUUUCUCUCCACUUCAGAUCUGAAAUGUAAAAUUUAAAAAUGCCACCACUAGUUUAGAGACAUUUCUCCAUGUCUUCUGGUGUUAUUGGCACCAAAUGUUCAGAAAUAAAACUGAUUUCUUGUUUUUCACUUUAGGAAACUGGCUUGUUUUUCAUGUUAUUUUAUAAUAAAUCAGCUGUUUUACAUCUUCUA